AUGGCCCGAGGCAGCAGCCAAAGAAAAAAACAGUCGCUCAUAGACAAGGAGAAGUCUAAGAAACCGCAAAAUGGGCAACCCAAGAGCAUGGUCAUUCGCAUUGGCGCGCAAGAGGUUGGUAGCAGUGUCAGUCAAUUGGUGCAGGAUGUGAGACAUGUCAUGGAGCCAGAUACUGCUGUGCGAUUGAAGGAACGGCGAGCGAACAAACUCAAAGACUACACCACAAUGUGCGGUCCCCUAGGUGUAUCCCAUCUCCUCCUCUUCUCCCGCUCCGAGUCUGGCAACACAAACCUGCGUCUUGCGCGUACGCCUCGUGGCCCGACCCUCCACUUCCGCGUCGAAAACUACUCCCUCUGCAAAGACAUCCUCAAGUCGAUGCGACACCCACGCGCAGGCGCAGCUUCCGACUUCAUGGUGGCCCCGCUACUCGUCAUGAACAACUUCCUGAUCAGCGAUACCGAGCGAGAGCGCCUAGGCGAUAAGGCGCCACCAAAACACCUCGAAAAGUUGGUCACAGACAUGUUCCAAGGCCUCUUCCCUCCUAUCCAACCACAUACCACACCCCUGCACACCAUCAAACGUGUCCUAUUACUCAAUCGCGAGCCUCCGAGCGAAGAAAAUGGCACAUGUACAAUCAGUCUCCGCCACUAUGCCAUCACCACAAAGAUCACCGGGGUGCCCAAAGCCAUUCGACGUCUAUACGCAGCAGAGAAGCUCAUCAGCAGCAGAGAGAAGAAGAAGCGCGCACUGCCCAACCUUGGUGGCCUCCAAGACGUCGCAGACUAUAUGCUCGACCCCUCUGCCGCAGGCUACACCUCUGCUUCCGACACCGAAGCCGACACAGACGCUGAAGUCGAAGUCGCUGCUCCCGUGCGACAAAAAGUGCUGUCGAGAAAGGAAAAGGAAAAAUUGAAAGCCGGCGACGAAGCAUCCUACGCCCGUGCGCGUGGCACCAAACCUCGUGUCGAGAAGCGUGCCGUCAAACUCGUGGAAUUGGGCCCACGCAUGAAACUGAGGCUGACCAAAGUCGAAGAGGACGUCUGCGGCGGGCGCAUCAUGUGGCAUGAAUUCAUCACCAAAUCCAAAGCUGAAGUGCAGGACCUCGAGAAGAAGUGGGCACAGCGCAAGAAGGAGAAGGAGGAGCGACGACGCAUUCAAAAGGAGAAUAUUGAGAGGAAACGCAAGGAAAGAGGCGGUAAGAGUGGAGCUGAAGAGGGCGAAGAGGGCGAAGAAGGCGACGAGGAUGAGGAGGAUAUGGCGGAGAUGAUGGCGGAUUUUGAGGACUAUGAUAUGGAGGAUGAUGUUUGGCAGGAAGAGGCCGAUGCAGGAGAGGGUGAGGACGAGGAGAUGGAGGAUGAUGAGUAG